AUGAAGACGAUUGGUAUUAUCGGAGGCAGCACAACCUUCGCCACGGAGGAAUAUUACAGGGCAAUUAAUAAGGGCAUACGUCAGCAAUUGGGAGGCUAUCAUACUGCCGAAAUCAUCAUCAACUCCAUGGAUUUUGCAAAGAGCGCACACUUUGUGGAAAACGGUCUUUGGGAAGAGGGAUCCGAAUUUCUGCAUGGCAAAGCUUUAAGCUUACAAAGAGCGGGUGCAGACUUCAUCAUCUGUGUGUCCAACACAUGGCACAGAUGUGCAGACGAAUUUAUGAAAGGUAUCGACAUUCCAUUCCUUCACAUUGUCGAUCCCACAGCCAAAACUAUCGCACAAGGAGGCUACAAGAAAGUAGCUCUGCUGGGAACUAUGGUGACCAUGUCCCAGCCAUUCCUCAAAGAGCGCUUCGAGCAGUUUGGGCUCGAGAUAGUUGUCCCGACGACGAAUGCGCAAUCGCUGAUCAACAAGAUCAUCUUUGAAGAGCUUUCAAAGGGAGAGUUCAAGGAAGAGUCGCGCGCAGGGUAUCUCGCGAUUGUGGAUGAGCUCUACGCAAACGGCUCCGAGGCAGUCAUUCUUGGCUGCACUGAGAUAGGGCUGCUCAUUAAGCAAAGCGACCGACCGAAUAUUACCAUGUUUGACACUCUUGCUAUACAUGUACAGGCGAUUGUACAAUUUGCUUUAAGUAACUAUCCCUAA